AUUAAGGACCAGAAAAAUCUUUAUAGGCUAUUCGAUUUACUGCAAGAAGUGAUCUCUUUGCCGAUGCUGAUUCAGUUCACCGUAACAGCUUUCAACAUUUGUGUAGCCAUGAUUGUAUUGCUGUUCUACAUAGAUACGCCGCUCGAGCGGCUCUACUAUCUGACAUACUUCCUGGCUAUGCCACUUCAAAUCUUUCCCAUUUGCUAUUAUGGCAGCAGCCUGCAGCAGCUUUUCGGUCAGCUGCAGUACGAAGUAUUUCGAUGUAAUUGGCCCGAUCAAACACGGCGCUUUAAGAAAGAAAUGAUUCUAUUUACCGAGCGUGCGUUGAAGGAAACCACCGCUAUGGCUGGUGGCAUGAUAAGAAUACAUCUUGAUACCUUUUUCUCGACUCUAAAGGGUGCAUAUUCGCUUUUCGCAGUGAUUAUGAAAGCGAAGUAA